GCAAAGAAGGUCUUGAAUAUCGUAAUGUUGAGACGAAGAUUAAGGACAAUGAAAUGUAUAAGCAUGGCUGUUAUAGUAAGGAUGGAAGUUGGGUAAACGUUAAUAUGGCGAAUCAAAAGGUUGAACAUAAAACCUACAAUUAUGUUAGCGAGGUUAUUAAUGAUACUAAAGCUGCCAGUAAUGAUGAAGGCAAAGCAUUUGAGCAUUAUUCGAGUCCAGUCGACGCAGAUAAAGCCGAUAAUAUUAGUCUUGUGAAGAGCAAGGUUCAAACGUCGGCUGUACGACUGAACGAAGAGGAGCAAACAAAGAGGAGCAAAAGCCGAAGAUCGUCUUGUGUUGAAAAUAAUAAUAAUAAUUGA